AUGAAUACAUCAAUGUUUAAACUUGUCAAUCGAUUUGCUCUCAUUAUACUGUGUGUUAUUGGUCUCAUUGAAUUCGGUUUAGGUAUAUGGACGGUAUUGGAAAAUCGUUAUAAAAUUCUGGCAUACAAUCUUGCUGAUGUUGGUUAUAUUGAUUUAUGGAUAUUACGAUAUCUAUCCAUGUGUUUAUUUGCUUCUGCGAUCAUUACAUUAGUCAUGUGUCUUAUCUUAGCAUGGGGUUUAUAUUCAACACAUGUAUUUAUAUUUAUUUCAUCAACGAUGAUCGCUCUAGUUGUUAUUGCUGAAUUUAUGAUAGCAAUGAUGGCAUUUACAAAUAAAUUUCAAACGCGAAUAACAAUUCAAGAACAACUACCGAAAUUAGUCAUUACUUAUCGGCAAGGUAAUGAUGAACGGGCUAGUCGAGCUCUAGAUAUGCUUCAGUCAACAUUUCAUUGUUGUGGAUCUGAUGGACGUUUAUCAUUUCAAAAUAAUGUUCCAUCAAGUUGUAAUGUGUAUAGCGUCGGGUGUCUUACACGUGCAAUGAGUUUUCUCGACUCCUGUAUGGAUGUAUUAGCUUAUAUAUUAAUGUUCUUUAGUUUAAUUAAAUUAGUUAUUAUUACCUAUUUUUAUUCAUUUCUGUGUAUAUAUCAACGACUUAAGGGUUAUCAUCAUCGUUAUCAUCCAAAAAAGAGCAAAUUAAUGAAUGAAUCUCUACCAUGGCGUCAUUCAGCAAGUUUUGAUUCAUCGUCACCAGAUGAUAUGCCGAAGAAAAUUUUUGCCAUUGCCAAUCAAGAUAAAAUUACUAAUAACGACAAUAACUAUGUUGAAAAACGACGUAUUAUACUGAAUGAAUACGAUUCACAAUCAGCAAAUAAACGCGUAGAAAAUGCUGCUACGAUUUUACCAGCAGCAUCAUUAUCACUGUCACUGCCUAUGCCGAUAAGCAGUAAGCUUUCUACGCCACCCUAUGAUCAACAAGUAUCAAGAAAAUUAUCAUCCAUAUCAGAACGAACCGAAAAAACUGAAACCGAUGAUAGUGAACCCGAGCUUCUACGUAUUAGACAACAUAAUUCAAAGCAAAAAGCAAUUAUAGCUGCGGCCAAUGAGAAAGACAAACAACCGCCGCCGUUACCAACAAAAUUACCGAUGAUUAAAAGUCGGAAAAGAAUCGCACGAGACGAUGAUAAUGACAAUGAUUCAGGUGUUGAACGUUCAUCAUCAGAAAAAUCUUUCGAUGAUCAAAAUAUAAGCAAAGCAAACUCUGAUAAUACUCAACCAUUAAUUGGUACGAAUACGAAACCAAAAUCAAUACUAAAUAAACCAACCGGCAAAACACCUCCAACAUUGAGUUUUUCUAAUGUUUUUGUAACAUCGAUUUCUCAAAGUGAUAUAAGACAGCCAACACAAAAUGUUGAACUUGAAAAAAAACCUAUUACGUCAUCGCCAUCAUCGUCAUCAUCAUUAUCUGAUCAAUUAUUAUUGAGCGAUGCCACAAUUCCAAAGCCAAUCUUGAAAAAAUCUAAUCAACAAUCAUCACCAUCAAGUGAUCAAGAUCGUAUUCCGCCAAGUUAUAAUGACCAAAUGAAAAUUUCAUCGAUCAUCCAUCCAAAAUCCUAUGUAAAAUUAUCAGAACCUCACAUUCUUUCGAAUCCACCAAAAAUGUAUGUACCUUAUAAAGCAAAAGAAAAUUCUCUAUUACGAAAUGCACCAAAACCAGCUCCGCGACCAAGUUUACAACAAGUUUUAAAGGAAAAACAAGGCGAAAGUCUUGUUUAA